UCUGAACGCACUCCCACUCCGGUAAAAGGGUGAGUGAACCGCCUCAUUGUUAUUUAUUGCAUUUGCCUCUAAUAAUACAUUAAUUAGCCGUUUUACGGACACAGCGAGUGCAAUAACAUAGGUCGCGACAGCCAUGCCAAUGUGAGUAAUUUAAAAGGUGUGGCACGACUAGGGGCGUUGUUUCUCAUCUAGUGACAUUAGUGGUGUGAAAAAUAUUCUUCCUAACUCGUCGCAAGAUGACCGAGUACAAAUUGGUGGUAGUAGGCGCCGGAGGCGUCGGUAAAUCCGCAUUGACUAUACAGCUGAUUCAGAAUCAUUUCGUGGACGAGUACGAUCCUACGAUAGAGGAUUCAUAUCGGAAGCAAGUUGUUAUCGAUGGUGAGACGUGUUUGUUGGACAUCCUCGACACGGCGGGGCAGGAGGAGUACUCCGCGAUGAGGGACCAGUACAUGCGGACGGGGGAGGGCUUCCUGCUCGUGUUCGCAGUGAACAGUGCUAAAAGUUUCGAGGACAUUGGCUCCUAUAGGGAGCAGAUCAAGCGGGUGAAGGACGCGGAAGAGGUGCCCAUGGUGCUGGUGGGGAACAAGUGCGACCUGCAGGCGUGGGCCGUGGACAUGGCGCAAGCGCGCGAGGUGGCGCGGAGUUACGGAGUCCCCUUCGUGGAGACGUCAGCCAAGACCCGCAUGGGGGUCGACGACGCCUUCUACACGCUAGUCCGCGAGAUCCGCAAAGACAAGGCGAGUCGAGACAAAAGGAAUCGGAGAGGGAGGAACGGAAUAGGCCCCGGACGAAAGUUCAAAUGCACGUUUCUGUAAAUUGGUAUGUAAUUUAGUGAUACGUAAUAUUUGUGGAUAUUAUCUCACAAGGAGUCAAGUCACUGUUAUUAUCGACAAUCUCUAUGUUAAGUAUUGUAAAGUUUUUAGUACACUUGUGACGUUCGCGGCAAUGACAAUCGAUUAUGCGCCGAUAUGUAGUAUUUCUUAUCACUGAAUAGUUUUUGUUAACAAUAACAUUGACUUCGUGCCACUAGAUUAGCUUUCGAACACUUAUUUAUAGAAACUGAACUCUGACAUGAGACUGUUCAGUUUCUAUGGACGCAGUGUGUAAGUUAAGAAGCGCUGUAGGUAUAAAUAAUUACUUAUAAGCCCUCAAUAUUAUACAAAUUUGAAAUAUGUGCAAUUAAAGUUAAUUACUUAUGUUUAUUUAGAUGGAAGGUAAACUCUCAAAUGUUAUAUCCAGUUUUUAGCUUACGGAUCGAAAGUACUAAACUGUUACGCUUUAUUGUAAUAUACAUAACAAAUUCUGGUAGUACUAGAUCUAAAACAAUAUCUAAACUUGUAUCGACAAUCGAGAUUGAUUCCCUCAUACUCACUUGUUUCGAUAAGCGCUUGCGUCAUUCUUUCUUACCAUUUUUAUCAAGCAUUGUAAGUAGUAUGUAAUCCUUGUAUAAUAUUAAUUGUAAUUAGCUAAUCUCUGUGAGAAAUAUCCAUAAAUAUUAUUUGAAUAACCUAGUAAAGAGGCAGUUAUAUACUAAGGCAUACUUCUAUGGCUGAGUAAAACCUUUUUGUACAGUGAAAAUUUUCAAUUGUGUGCUUAUUUGUAUCAGAUACUUCAAGCUUUUGGAAUGUCACGAGGGUAGUUCGAAGUACAGAGUUGUUCUUUGUCGAGCUACCCUCACAUUGAUGAGAUGACAAUGAUUGUGGGCUUAUCACUGCUGCCCGAACAUGUUAACCUAGACCUCAGUCUCAAGACUGACAACGGAUAGACAAAAGAUUCUAUUUAUUUUUAAGUAUUAAACCCAAAUUAAGUCUGAUUUACGCGUUUUGACUUUUUAGACAAAUGUCUCUGUUUGUAUCAAAAGUAAGUUGUUAUUGACUACGAGGAGAAUAUAUUUAUGUUUCAAUAACAAUUAAUUAAAGAAACAUUCACUUCUCGCUUAAUAUCGGGCUUAAUUGCACCACCAACUGUGACACUAACAGGACACAGGACGCGCAAUGUACGUUUAAUCAAAUCAUAUUGUACAUUUCUGUCGACAUUUAGGUUCAGAAGAAUAUUGCCAAUAAGGCAAUAGUUUGUUUAUUAAUACUCCAUUAAAAACUGAAGACGUGUAAAUCAGCCUUUAGGUGAAUAAGAAUAAUUUUGUAGACGAAAGAAUGUGCUAUAUCAAUAAGUUUCAGAUCAUGAGGGUACUUUUCUAUCUCUAAGCUUAUGAAAUACUUUCAGGACACUCCCGCCUUCAUCUAACCUUUCAUAUUUUCCGAUUCGAAUAACUUAACGCUACUGAUACAUGAUAUUACAACAAGCAUCGGCGUCUUGUUCUCAAGGUGCUAUUUAAAGCAUAGGACGCUUGUAGCAGAAGCUAUGUUUGUUCCAAGACAGCCCCCAACUUUUAUAUGUGAGCAAAAUGCAGUUGUACUUAUUCAAUGCAGAUGAAUGUGUUGUGUCCCCCAAUUGCUAAUAACAUUACAUAUGUAAGCAUAACUCUUUUUUCAAUCAUUACAUUGUAAGUUAUAUCAAUCCUAUAUAAGAGAUGAUGGGUAAAUUCUCAAUAUUAUAGUUAUAGAAAAUGGUUGUGCAUUAUUACAGUACAAUUAGAUUGGUUGUUGUCAGUUGUCAUUUUGUUUAGUACAAAUAGUGCACAAUUAUUGCGUAAAACAUUAUCGUUCCCAUCUCUUAUUACCUUAAUAUUAGGAUUAAUUAACUAUAUAGCUCAACAAGACUUACAAAUCCUAUGUAAAAACUAUGUUAAAUAUUUUCAGUUAUAAAGAUCUUUUUUACUAUAAAAUUCCUGUUUUAAUAAACUUAUCUUUGAUAAAAAUGGCUGCCAGGAAUAGUGUGCAGCCAAUAUCAUAUACAAUCGUUACUCUAGCAUAAUAUUAGAGCAUUGUUAAAUAUUUUCUAUAGCUAGAAGCAAAUUAGCUGGCUGUAAUGUAACUCUAUGACCUGUUCUUUUGUUUCAAUGCCACCGACUAGGCGUAACUUGUUUGUAUAAACUGAUGGCUGCCUUAAAAACUAGUGUCUAAAGGUUUUAAUACUUAGGCCAGAUUAUACAAAUCUUAGUUACGUUUAAGGUGCGUAAUAAAUUGAAAUCACCCUCUAGGAAGAUACCUGAGUUACGCCAUGUUUGUGUGUUCCACAUUCGCAAAGUGUUAUAGAAUACUUCUAUGAAUUAUUAUUUUACUCAGCAUGUACAAUGAAUUAUUCAAACGAAUUUUUUUAAUCAAAUAUCAACAAUCAUGACUUUUAAUAUUUUGACAGUGUUUUUUUUAGUAUUUUAAGUUAAUAUAAUGGUUAGUUGUUAGUUUAAUUGUAGUCUAAAAAUACACCAAUUACCUACUUUUUAUUUGUACGUUUUUGUACAACAAUUCCUUGAUCUUAAGCUUGAAAAACUUACCGUUCUUUGUUUCAACCAACUGCAAAUGGACCACAGUGACAAAGGCAGAUUAUGACUUGCCUGGAUGUAAAGUGUGUGUGUGUGUUUACCACUUGGGUAAUUACCUACCUUUCGGAAAAUAAAAUAAAAUGAAACUUGAAUCGCUCAAUUACUUUUUCUUUACCAAGGCAAGUCAACUAAUGCUGCUACCUUUUUAAAUAUAUUUUCCUUAUUUUUAGGUGCCAAACUUAUACUUGUACUCGGUGUAUUUUUAUUGACAUUGUAUAAUUUAACAUACGAACGAAAAGCUGCCAUGAAAUUCGUCAUCAGCCAGAAUCAUUUUGCCAUGAAUAUGUAUUCCCCAUUGAGUAGCCAUAAUUUUGUAUUUAACGAGAUAUUUUUUUAAAGCUUUGCAAUAAAUAUUUACAGUAUAAAAACUUAUAUAAUGCUGUAUAUUAAUUACCUUGCUCGUGAGCAUUGUUUUCGGUCAUUUCAGUCUAUGAAAUAUGGAAACAACGUUCAAAAGCAAAGGCAUUAUAGUAUGUAAUAUUUUUAUUAUAUUUAAAUAUAAAUUUCAAAGCUAGUGCACAAUUUUGUUGGAAAUAGUUGGUAUUUUAUAACUAAUUAAUUCUGUAACAAUAUAGCACAAGACUGUGUGCUAAUUGAAAUAAAUAAAAUUGACGAGG